UUCUCCGUUUCCCCAGCCCAGCAACUGUUUGGAAGUCAGAUCCCCACAUCCUGCUUUACUGGGUCAAGUCCCUCUUGGACCGGCUCUUUCUAUCAUUUACUGAAGGGGACCAAUGGGUGCCCCUGUGUGGGGUCUCCUUUAGCAAUUUCACUUCAUCGGUGCCUGGACCUCUGAGAUCUCUUCAGAUGAACAUGGCCUUGCCUGGGAAUCCUGCUACUUCCAUCAUCAUCUAAUUAUGGGACAAGGCUGUGACCACAGGUUUUGGCGAACGGGGCUAAUCAAGCCCCCCAGGAAACACUGGAGGACUUGCCUACCCUUUGAAGAACUCUAGUGGUUUCUGAGUCUAGCCCACUCUGGCGGUAAGCAUGAUACGACUUCUGCCACUUCUGCUGGGGCUUUUGGGGCCAGGUGGCUACUUGUUCCUUCCAGGGGGUUGUCAGGAGGUGGCCACUCUCACUGUGAGAUACCAAGUGUCAGAAGAAGUGCCGUCUGGGACAGUGAUAGGCAAGCUGUCCCGGGAACUGGGUUGGGAGGAGAGGCAUGGGCAAACGGGGACUGCCUUCCAGAUCUUGCAGCUGCCUCAGGCGCUCCCCAUCCGGGUGGAUCCUGAGGACGGCCUGCUUAGCACAGGGAGGCGGCUGGACAGAGAGCAGCUUUGCCGGCAGCAGGAUCCCUGCUUGGUUUCCUUUGACGUGCUUGCCACAGGGGAUUUGGCUCUGAUCCACGUAGAGAUCCAGGUGCUGGACAUCAAUGACCAUGAGCCACAGUUUCCGAAAGGCGAGCAGGAGCUGGAAAUCUCUGAGAGUGCCUCUCUGCGCACCCGGAUACCCUUGGACAGAGCUCUGGACCCAGACACUGGCCCCAACACCCUGCACUCCUACACGCUGUCCCCCAGCGAGCACUUUGCCCUGGAUGUCAUCGUGGGGCCUGAUGAGACCAAACAUGCGGAACUUGUGGUGGUGAAGGAGCUAGACAGGGAAAUCCACUCAUUUUUUGAUCUGGUGCUAACUGCCUAUGACAGUGGGACUCCCCCCAAGUCAGGCACCAGCUUGGUCAAGGUCAAUGUCCUGGACUCCAAUGACAACAGCCCUGUGUUUGCUGAGAGCUCACUAGCACUAGAAAUUCAAGAAGAUGCUGCCCCUGGUACUCUCCUCAUAAACUUGACUGCCACGGACCCUGAUCAAGGCCCCAAUGGGGAGGUGGAGUUCUUCCUCAGUAAGCACGUGCCUCCAGAGGUGCUGGACACCUUCAGUAUCGAUGCAAAGACGGGCCAGGUGAUUCUGCGUCAACCCCUAGACUACGAGAAGAAUCCUGCAUAUGAGGUGGAUGUCCAGGCAAGGGACUUGGGUCCCAAUCCCAUCCCAGCCCAUUGCAAAGUACUCAUCAAGGUUCUGGACGUCAAUGACAAUGCCCCAAGCAUCCACAUUACAUGGGCCUCCCAGCCAUCGCUGGUAUCAGAGGCUCUUCCAAAGGAUAGUUUCAUUGCUCUCGUCAUGGCAAAUGACUUGGACUCAGGAAAUAAUGGUCUGGUCCACUGUUGGCUGAGCCAAGAACUGGGUCACUUUAGACUGAAAAGGACAAAUGGCAAUACAUACAUGCUACUAACCAACACCACACUGGACAGAGAGCAGUGGCCCAAAUAUACCCUCACUCUGUUGGCUCAAGACCAAGGACCCCAGCCCUUAUCAGCCAGAAAAAAGCUCAGCAUUCACAUCAGUGAUGCCAAUGACAAUGCACCUGUGUUUGAGAAGAGCAGGUAUGAGGUCUCUACUCGGGAGAACAACCUACCUUCUCUUCACCUCAUUACCAUCAAGGCUCAUGACGCAGACUUGGGCAUUAAUGGAAAAAUCUCAUACCGUAUCCAGGAAUCCCCAGUUUCUCACUUGGUAGCUAUUGAUUCAGAGACAGGAGAGGUCACUGCUCGGAGGUCACUGGACUAUGAACACAUGGCUGGUUUUGAGUUUCGCGUGAUCGCAGAGGACUGGGGGCAGCCUCAACUUGCAUCCAGCGUCUCUGUGUGGGUCAGCCUCUUGGAUGUCAACGAUAAUGCCCCAGAGGUGAUUCAUCCUGUCCUCGUUGAUGGAAAAGCCAGCCUCUCAGUGCUCGUAAAUGCCUCCACAGGCCACCUUCUGGUACCCGUUGAAACUCCUAAUGGCUUGGGUCCAGUAGGUGCUGAUACAACGCCAUUGACAACCCACAGUUCCCGGCUGUUCCUUUUGACAACAAUUGUAGCAAGAGAUGCAGACUCAGGUGCAAAUGGAGAGCUCCUCUACAGUAUUAGGAGUGGAAAUGAAGCCCGUCUCUUUGUUCUCAACCCCCACCUGGGGCAGUUGUUCAUCAACAUCACCAAUGCCAGCAGUCUCAUUGGGAGUGAGUGGGAGCUGGAGGUAGUGGUAGAAGACCGUGGCAGCCCCUCCUUGCAGACCCGAGCCCUGUUGAGCGUCUUGUUUGUCACCAGUGUGGACCACUUGAGGGACAGGGCCCUUGAGCCUGGGACCCUGAGCACAUCGGUGCUGACAGUGAUUUGCCUGGUCGUACUUCUGGCCAUCUUUGGGUUGGUCUUGGCUCUGAUCAUGUCCAUCUGCCGGACAGAGAAGAAGGACAGUGGGGUGUACAACUGUCGGGAGGCUAAGUCUACCUAUCGCCACCAGCCCAAGAGGCCCCAGAAACACAUUCAGAAGGCAGACAUCCACCUUGUGCCUGUGCUCAGGGGUCAGGUGGAUGAGCCCAGCGAGCUUGGGCAGCCCCACCAGGAGGCAGGCAAGGAAGGGAUGAUGGAAGCAGGCUGGGACCCCUGCCUACAGGCCCCCUUUCACCUCACUCCAACCCUGUACAGGACCCUGCGUAACCAAGGCAACCAGGGAGCACUGGCUGAGAGCCAAGAGGUGCUGCAGGACACUGUCAACCUCCUUUUCCAUCAUCCUAGGCAGAGGAACGCCUCCAGGGAGAACCUGAACAUUCCUGAGUCCCAGCCUGUGAUGGGCCAGCCACGCUCAAGGCCCCCGAAGGCUAUGGGCAGCCCCGCAGGGAGGCUGCCAGGAGACGCAGGCAGCGAGGAGGCUCCACUGAGUCCACCGGCCUCCUCUGCAACCCUGAGGCGGCAGCGGAAUCUCAAUGGCAAAGUGACCCCUGAGAAAGAGACAGGUCCCCGUCAGAUCCUGCGGAGCCUGGUCCGGCUAUCUGUGGCUGCCUUUGCAGAGCGGAACCCUGUGGAGGAACUCACGAUGGAUUCCCCUCCUGUUCAGCAAAUCUCCCAGCUGCUGUCCUUGCUGCAUCAGGGCCAAUUCCAGCCCAAACCAAACCAUCGGGGAAAUAAGUACUUGGCCAAGCCCAGCGGCGGCAGGAGCACAGUCCCAGACACAGAUGGCCCAGGUGCCAGGGCUGGUAGCCAGGCAGAACCAGACCAGGAAGAAGGGCCCCUGGAUUCUGAAGAUGAUCUCUCUGUGAAGCAGCUGCUAGAAGAAGAGCUGUCAAACCUGUUGGACCCCCACACAGGCUUGGCCCUGGACCGGCUGAGCGUCCCUGACCCGGCCUGGAUGGCGAGGCUCUCUUUGCCCCUCACCACGAACUACCGUGACAACGUGUUCUCACCAGACACUCCGGCCAUGGAGGAGCCGAGGACCUUUCAGACGUUCGGCAAGGCGACGGGGCCUGAGCUGAGCCUGACAGGCACGCAGCUGGCCAGCACCUUUGUCUCGGAGAUGAGCUCACUGUUGGAAAUGCUGCUCGAACAACGCUCCAGCGUGCCUGUGGAGGCUGCCUCCGAGGUGCUGCGGAGGCUCUCUGUCUGCGGGAGGACCCUCAGUCUGGACCUGGCCACCAGUGGGGCCUCGGGCGCAGAAGGACAGGGGGGCCCAGGUGGAAAGAAGGGGGCCGAGGGCAGGACUGGCAGCAGCAGCAGCAGCAGGGGGCUGUGGAUCCAAGAACCAGGGAUGUUAGGGAGCCCAGGCGCUAAGGAUCCUGGGACACGAGCUGCUUUCUAAAAUCCUUGAAUUCACUGGUGAGAGGUGGCCCAAGAACUUUAGGGUGACCUAUGCUGCCCCACAGAGGAGGCAGGGGAGCCACGACUAAUAUCUGACUGACCAAAGCAGCCCCUUGUGAAGGGCUGGCUCUGCCUGUGAACUUUUUGGAGUGAAUUUUUUGGCUGAAAUGAGUGUUUGUUGGCAAAACACAUGUACAGCACAGAGGGUCAGGCCUCCUGUGGAACAGAUGCCAAGGAGUGUCAUAAGCAGGAAAGGAUGGCCUCAUCGCAUAGUUGGGGGUGGGGUGCUGGUCCUGGGGUGCCAGGCAAAGCUCUCUGACCUACUAAUAAAGGAAAAGCACUGGCUCAUUCUCCUGUUUGCACCUGUCAAGAGGGGGCAGGGAAGGGUAGCAGAGUGAGGUGUCCUUGUUGCCCAUUUCCUGGCAAGAUGGUAUGCUGGACGUGGACAGGAAUAGGGCACAUUAGUACACAGUGCUAGGUACACAAUGAUGAACACGUGUGCUCUUGACCCUACUUCCCUAUUGCUACCUUAUCAAAUAAUCUGCUUCUCAGCUGGAAAAUUAGGGCUAAGAAAAGCAUGACUAUUUAUAGAGCAUUUAUGUGAGCCAGUAAAGCCCUGGGCUUUACGCUAGGAUUUAGUUUAAUUUCCCAACAACCUUGGGAGGGAGGUGUUAUUAUCCCCAUUCCACAGGCAAGGACGUGAGGCUUGGAGAAGCAGAGUGUCUUGCCCAAGAUCAAGAGUGGAGGCAGAAGCAAGCUUUGGAACUAGUCUUGAACACCAAAACCUCUGCCCUCCACUUUGACGCUACACUGCCAGCCAAGGAGAGGAAAGGAAAAGGCCCCGCAGCUGAGCUCCUGCCAGGUGUGGACUUACCUGAGCUCCCCUCAUGAAACACUGUUGGAAAGAACGUUUCCAAAGCUGCUCGGGCCUCCACAGCUCUGCAUUUCUGAGCACAGAACAAGAGGGACUUGGAUCUAAUCUGACAUGGGCCUGAGCUUCUGCAGGCUCCUGUGCUUUCCCAGCGAUUAGCCCUUCAGGUACAGACGUCAUCCUUGCAGACGCACCGUUCAUGGGUAAAUCUUCCUCUGUCACAGCAGGUUUGGGCCUGUGAAUUCAGGCCCUAGAGAACAGUGUAUGAACUGGGUCUAUGAAAUCGAUACUGACAGCAGCAAAACUUCCAGGGCAGGAGGGAGCAAAGAAAUAGCAAAUAUUUUUCCAAGUCUCAGCCUUAUAAUUUUCCUGGAAAUUUCCAAGCAGUCAGUCAGCUAGCCAUUCAGCUUCUCGGUAGCAUGGGGCCCUCCUGGACACUACAGGCAAAAAUUCCUCUCUGUGCUCCUCCUUUCGUUCUCUGUUGGAGGCCAGUACUUAUGUUCAUUGUCCACAGUAACAGGCCAAUCAUACUCCCAGCCAGGGAUAAUGAAAAUCAUAUAUAUUUGGAAUCCAAUGUGGCACCCUUAUCCAGUUACUCCAUUUUACAGAUGAGGAAAAUGAGGCCCCCAAAAGUUAAGUGCCCCAAGAGCAGGGUCUCUGGGUAUGUGUCACCUCACUUUAGGCCCAAGUGAUCUCCUUACAAGAUCUGUGAAUUUUAAGCUAUUGGGUUCCCAAAGUAAAUGAGAGAGGCCAGGGGAAACUAAGCAGACAGGGUCUCAAGCCUGACCAGCGAGGUGACUGGCACAAAGCAACAAUGGAUAUAUACUUAACUUGUUGAAUGAAUGAGUGAAUAAAUGGAUAAAUCAGUG